AUGACGGCGAAACGUCAUUUUCUGCGCAAAAAGAAGACUAUUGAGACCUUCCGGCGAAAGAUCGCUGCAAUACAAUUCGCCGAUAACCGCCUGAGCGAGCGCGUAUUCACAGAACACUCACUGGUGCUCCUCAACGUCCUUGCGCACCUCAGCCUCGACGUUGUUCUUGCCGGCGGCGAACUUCUGCUCGAGGAGCUUGAAGUGCUCGUCGAACUGCUCCAAGGUCAGCUCCUUGUAGACCUCGUCCUUGGCGUGGAAGAGGGCCUCCUUCAUUCCGUCAACGUCGUGGUAGAUGAGGGCAACAAGCUUCUCGUCACCGUUGACGUAGACGCUGGCACCGGCGAAGCGCUGGUGGCAGCCAACACCAUUCCAGACGGGGACACUGCCAGCCACAACCCUGUCGGAGAAGAAGCAGGUGGAGGGGACAAUGUUGUACCACAUGAUGCCGUAGGCGUUGUUGGUCUCGUAGGUCAAGUACUUGUUGUCGUUGAUGUCGUUAAUGUCAACAACGACGGUCUUGGUCAUCUCGCGGAGCGCCUCCUGGUACUUGUGCUCAGAGAUGAACUCGAACUCGCCAUCACGGCCCAAGUAGUGAACCUUGGUGGUGGGAAGAGCAACCUCAAUAAGGGUCUCGUGGCAGUGGGUGUGGACGGUGACCUUCUCGAUGCUCUCAUCGUCGUCGUCACCGACGCCGUGGAUCACGGUGUCGCUCCAGACCAGGUGCCUCAACUUGUUCGGGCUGACAGGGGAGUAGACGACGGGAGUGCGGGGGGCACAGCCAUCAGCCUGCUUCUGGAUCAUCCUGUUGCUCUCGGUGGGCGUGGAGAGGUCCAAGACCAUGUCACCGGACUCACCGUACUCCUGGAAGGUGUGCUCAACAACGGUCUCGAAACCGCGUACGGCCGUCAGGCCGAAAAUGCAGGCAACGAUUGCGGUAGAAAUGGCUACCAUUGUGCCUGA